AUGUUCAAACCUAAGAAGCAGGUAAAGCGUAGAAGCAGCGUUAUAGAAGCAUUAUUCGCGCGGCAUGCAGAGAUAUUCGCAAAAAUAGACUUGGAUGAACACGGUGUGCCCAAGUCCGAUGAGACUACGCCUGCUAUGGCUAGGCCUGCUGUGACCACCACUCAUGCGGCUACUGCUCCUGUUUUCGCUUCUGCUGUACCAACUUAUCCUGUAGUCACUACGCCUGCUGUGGCGAAUUAUCACGUGGCUACCUCUGCCAUGACUUACGCUAUCGUAGUUGCCCCUACUGUGGCUGUCCCUGUUGCAGCCACCGGAAAUACCACGAAUAUGAACUAUCCUCAAAUGGCAACAUGGCGGAAUGAUAAGGGGGUUGUCUUCUUGGAGAAGGAAAGCAAGCUCAGGACAGCAAAGCGCCAAGCUUUGCGACAGCAACAAAGACGUAUGUUAGUAACCAAGAAGCGUAUAGAACAUCAUCGAUCACAGAGGGCUCAGGGGUUCCGCGUUCAUGGACAAGGAGAUGAGACCGAAUCUUCGCAUCCCCAACCAGCGGAUUCGCUGGAUGCAGACCCGAAACCCACUCAAGACAUGUCCUUUUAUGAAAACCAAACAUACAAAGAGAGCCAUGCUUAUGUUCAGGAACGGCUUACAAAUGUUCUCGGUGCAGAGCGAAUGAGUUUCAAGCUGCUCCCUUCCGGCCAUAACCCCAUUGAUCUAGUCAUCGCCGAACACAACCAGCGAACAAUCACAAAUAGUAUACUUAACCAAUGGGAAGCCCACAAGGUUGAGAUUCGUAGGCAGGAAGAGGAACGAAAGCGCCAAGCCCAUGAAGAGGAGGUUAGGAGAUUCAAGAUACAGACUCUCCUCGAUCAUUAUCACCAACUAUACAUUAAUCGCUUAGAGCAGCUAGCUCUCUAUGGUCGUGACCUCGUAAUGGGUAUCGGAUAUAUCGAGGCUGCUCUAAUGGCCGGUGGCCUUUAUGAGGCGGCUAACGUGAUGCAAGACAUGACGCAUCAGGCCCUUCUUCCUAUUCAUACCCUGCUCCAGAAAUGCAACAAAGAGAUACCACUGGAAGAGUUUGGCGCUGAAAAGCUGAAAAGCUUGUGGCCAAUGGAGGGUCUUAUGGCAGUGUUCGAGUACCUGCGGGGCGAGCCUCAUCUUCCGCCUCAGGCUAUUGAUAUGAUGCAGGGAAUUCAGGUCAUUUGCACAGCGCUCAACAAUCCGACGCGUUUCCAGGACCCACUUGCUCCCAAGCCAAUUUUCAGCAAUAACUCGAGUUGGAAAUAUACUCCACAUCAAAUUGUCCCUGCAGCGAAGCCCUCUCCCUCUGAAGGGAUUUCAGUCAUUGGCGCAGCAUCAGCAACUGCUGGCAGCGGCUUCUCCAAGCUUCUUGCCGCGACUGCUCAGAGUGUCAAGCAGGAACAAAGUAGAGAGCCCGGUUCUACAGGUAGCGGCUUCGCGAAACUCCUCGCUGCGACCGCCGAGAAGUUGAAUAGCAGCCAGGAAGCAAGUUCUGACACUGCUCCGAACGUCUCUCCAGAUACCACCCCCGAGACCAGCCUAUCACCAGCUCACGCAGCCCGAACAGCAGUUCUACAUUACAUCGCAACUGAAAACCUCUACUUCGAAAGCGAAGUUCAAGACUUGAUUAGGAAUAACACUGUCGUUGGCACCCACCGCCGUCAGGCAUCUGAAUGCCUCAAGGAGCUGAUUGGGCUAGCCAACGGCGAAGAAGGCUUUCUCGGAGACAUGGACGCCGGCAAUUAUAGGAUACAAAUCGAGACGUGUGUUACCAAGAUCAAUACUCUGCCGACCAACCAGCGACUGAACAGGGAUACGCAGGCGCUCAAGAAGUUGUGUGGAAACGCUCUGAAGCUUUGGAGUGUACAUGCGAAGUAGAUGCGGGAGCGGGGUUUCUUAGUCUUCC